AACAAGAGUAGAAGUUAUGCGAUUGGUAUCGGCUUUAUAUAAAUCUCGUAAAACUAUGAAAUAUUUGUAUUGUUGGAAUGCUUUUAAAAGAAAAGAAGGUCCUAUACUAUUUGAUGUUGGAAAUUUCAUGGGAUCUGGUUUGUAUUUCGACAGGAUUCCCAAGAAAUGUGAUUGGUUUCGUGCUAUCAGAUGCUUAGAAUCUUUAAACACUUUAUCUGUGAAUUAUGCAUAUAUAGCAACACCUACAGGAGAUCUCCUUAUUAAUUUAGCAAAAGGUUUAGGAUCAAAAUGGCAAUGGUUACAAUUGUUGUGCUUGGAAGAAGAAAUUCCAGAUGAAGUUAAUCCUAAUGAUGGUGUUGGUGGCUACAGGAUACCUGAUAUUGCUUGGAUGGAAGCACAUCUUUGGGCACCCGGUUUAAAAGUUCAAUUCACUUUCGUUGGUUUAUCUGAGUACGACAGACAUAAAACGUUCUUUUCCCGUCACACACCAAUGCAUACAUUCGCACUUUCCAGUGAUAUCGAUCUACGAUUUCGACAACCUUGGUUUCUUGAUUGCACGAUUAAAAGUCUCUGUACUUGGUAUUCGGAAACUCUUGUAUCUUUGAACUUACAAUUGUGGCAUCAACGAGAUAAUUUGGAUUCACCAUUGAAGAAACUCUUCCUACGAUUACCAGCAUUACAAACUUUUGAAUUUACAGGGGAAAUUCGAACACUUCAAGCUUUAUAUUCUAUGUAUUAUCAGGUACUAGCUCGUAAAUGUAAUGUUAAUUAUGUCAAUAUACAUUUACAAAAAGUUAUACACGAUGAAGUAAAUAACAAAAAUUUUUUUAAAGGGAUUCAAUGUUUACUUACAUGUUUUAAAAAAGAAUUUUCUGAAAUGAAUGUUACAUUCAAUAUUGACUUUUAUGCCUCUUAA